GGCCCUGAUGCUGAUGUCUCUGCUGUAACCUUGGUUGCUAUCGAACAGCAGCAGGGUCUGCCCUUCCCUUUUAGUCAUUGGCUUGCCACUCUGACCACAAGCCAUGUGGUUUAGGCAACAACCAAUGAAAUAGAGGUGAUGCUCCUUUAAUAGUGUUUUGUCUUAAAGAGACAGCAUCCUGUACCUUGUUUUAUUCUAUAAAUUCUUCCCGUGUUGCACUUAUAAUCAGUCAGGCUUAUGAUGAAAAGGCAGAGGGAGAGAUAACAGGAGAGUAUUCAAAGGACAUAAUUUAUGUCUGUCUGUCUGUGUGUGCACAUUUAUGUAAAAUAUGUGUGCAGAUACAAUGUGCAGAGAGAAGUCUCCUGGGGUAAACAGAGUCUCUGUGAAUAUGUUGCUGCCUUUUAGCAGCCGCAACUAAGCUACAGAAAUCCUCCGCACUGUGCCAACAUGGAGGUACACAUGAAUAUUCCCACUCAGUCUCUCACUCUUACUCACACCCUCGCUCACACACAUAUUUUCGACAGACGUACAUGCUGUCUUGUCGCACAUGCGCAAUCAGGCUGAGGCAAGCACAGACACACACACACACACACACACAUGCAUGCGCCUGCAGCCACACUGCCUGAUUAGCUUGCGAGAGCUGUCUACAGCAUCCAGGGAAAUGGCGCAAGAGGCAGAGCAUUGGAGGAGGAACGGCAGCCUAAAGCGGCAGGAUUAGACCUCUGGCAUUUUGUCCAGCUGAGGCAUGGAUUGACUUGGAGCAGGGGACCGGGCUACGGAGCUAUCAGGAGGCAGCCUGACUGACUUUGGACUGACUGUGUUUUGCUGGGAUUGGUGUGAGACAGCACAGGCGGGCUGAUGCACCGGUAGGACUGGGCCGGGCCUCUGGAUCCGUACCGUGGGGGAGGGGCAGUCGACGCAGGGAGAGGGAGUCUGUUUUUCCAGACCACAGCUCUGGUGUGAUUCUUCAGCCUGACCGUCUGCUACAGGCCUGCCUACAUCCCUCUCUGUCUUUUUCUCUCUCUCCCUUUCUCAUCCUCUUCAUCCUUGUUUUUCUCUUGCUAUUAUCAUCUGUUUCUCCUUUCUUCCUUCUCCAAUGUUCCCGCUGUCAUCCAAGCUCCCUUCACCUCCAUCAUUCGAUACUACAGUCAUCUUUCUGUCCUGUCGUCACCACAACUCCAUCCCUCUCACCUUCAUCAUCUAAAUUUUUUAUUACUGUUUGUCAAGCAUCUCAGCUCUCUCAACAUAAUUUUUUCGUUUACAUCUCUCUCACAUUCCCACUCAUCUCUCCCAUCGGCUCCUCUCUGUGCCCUUCAGACGGUCCCUCGCUUCCUCUCCUUCUCUGUUUCCCUCCAUCUUCCCUCUUUCGGCUCCCAUCCACCUCUACUUUGCAGUGACUGUACAUUUGGGUCAGUCUGCUCAGCAAAUGGGAUGAGAUGUAGUCUCCACAGCAGCUGGAUCCAGGGGGCUCCUGGUCUGCCCAUCAGGGGGACCCUCAUCUUCGGACCACACUGAGGCUGGAGCCUGACUCUGGACUGACUGGGUGGCCUGCUUUGGGGUGCUGCAUGUAGGCAAGGACAGUCUGCACCAGCAACCCCUACCCUCACCCCCUUCCCCCGUUCCUUCGCCCCCUCUCGGGGCAGCCGUCACUCUGGAGUGUCCAGGCUUGACUGGCUGUGGCCUCUCCCCACACACCCUGACGACGCCCUCAUGCCACUGGGGCACACACAGUGCCCCCACCCCGCUCCACUAUCGCACCUCCUGCCUGUGCCAUCGGCCCAAACCACCCGUAACCCUCAACAUGGGUGUAGUGGAAGCCAUUGACCCAGCUCCAUCCCCCUGCCCCUCGCCUGUACCAGGGGGCUACCGGCUGCCCCGCUCCUCCAGCUACAGCCCCCUGCAGGGGAGGGCAGGGGCAGAGCUGGACCUUGGUGCAGCUGCUGGAGGGGUUCUGGACGGGGGUGGGACGGCGGCGGAGCGCAGGACGCCCUUAGUGGACUUGUUCUGUGAGACCUGCUCCAGGCCCUGGCUCAUCGGUUGGUGGGACCAGUUCAAGAGGAUGUUGAACAGGGAGCUGUCCCAUUUGUCAGAGAUGAGUCGCUCAGGGAACCAGGUGUCAGAAUACAUCUCCACUACCUUUCUAGAUAAGCAGAACGAUGUUGAGAUCCCAUCCCCGACUUUGAGGGAGAGGGAGAAGCCCAUGUGUCACAUCAGCGGUGUGAAGAAGCUCACGCACAGUUCCAGCCUUUCCAACUCCACCAUGCCUCGCUUCGGCGUGAAGACUGAACAUGAGGAUGCGUUAGCCAGGGAGCUGAACGACUUGAACAUGUGGGGCCUUAAUAUCUUUCGUGUGGCAGAGUUCUCUAAUAACCGACCCCUCAGCUGCAUAAUGUUUGCCAUCUUCCAGGAAAGAGAUCUACUGAAGACCUUUCGGAUCCCUGUGGAUACAUUUGUCACUUAUGUGAUGACCCUGGAGGACCACUACCAUGCCAACGUGGCCUACCACAACAGCCUCCACGCUGCAGAUGUCACUCAGUCUACUCAUGUACUGCUAUCCACACCAGCUCUAGAUGCGGUGUUCACUGAUCUAGAGAUACUAGCUGCUUUAUUUGCCGCUGCCAUCCACGAUGUGGACCAUCCAGGAGUGUCCAACCAAUUCCUUAUAAACACCAACUCAGAGCUAGCCCUGAUGUAUAAUGAUGAGUCUGUGUUGGAAAACCAUCACCUAGCUGUGGGCUUCAAGCUGCUUCACGAGGACAACUGUGACAUCUUCCAGAACCUUAGCAAGAGGCAGAGACAGAGCCUGAGGAAACUCGUUAUUGAUAUGGUUUUGGCAACAGAUAUGUCUAAACACAUGAGUUUGCUGGCAGACCUCAAGACAAUGGUGGAAACCAAGAAAGUGACAAGUUCUGGAGUACUGCUGCUGGACCAUUACACUGAUCGAAUACAGGUGUUGAGGAACAUGGUGCACUGUGCUGACCUGAGCAAUCCUACAAAACCCCUGGCUGUGUAUCGACAAUGGACGGAGAGAAUCAUGGAGGAGUUCUUCAGGCAGGGAGAUAAGGAGAGAGAGCGAGGGAUGGAAAUCAGUCCCAUGUGCGAUAAACACACUGCAUCUGUGGAAAAGAGUCAGGUGGGCUUUAUUGACUACAUUGUCCACCCGUUGUGGGAGACAUGGGGGGACCUUGUGCACCCUGAUGCCCAGGACAUCUUGGACACUCUGGAGGACAACAGGGACUGGUACCAGAGCACUAUCCCACAAAGCCCCUCGCCACCUCCUGUGGGCCAGGAUAAGGAUCUGAACGCCUGUAUAGACAAGUUUCAGUUUGAGCUCACCCUCGAAGACAGCUCUCAGAGAGAACAGGGAGACGAGGAUGACAAGCCUACACGGAACCAUGUGGCACAAGACUGCAGUCAGGGGGAGGAGGAGGGUAAAAAAGAUGAAGAGGAAGACAUAAUGGUAGAGGAGGAAAAUGAGGACAUAAUAGAAGAGGAAGACGAGGUGGCAAUGGAGGAAGAAGAGGUGGAAGAGGAGGAGGAGCUGAAAGCUCAGUUGGAGGUACGAUCCGAAAAGGAGAGACUUUCUGACACAAGUCCUGUAGAGGAAGAGGAAGAUUCUUCUUCACAAGCUGAAGAUACAUGAGUUCUGCUCCUGUAUCUCCCUCCUCACUUGCACACAUUAUCUUGUUCAUCCUUUCAAUGGCCAAACCAAGAACAAAUAAGACUGCAAUGACAAUACAGACCUUUAAAUAUAUUUUUCAAAAAGGGAAUAAAUUAAAAUCGCUUAAAGAGAGGGUAAUUACACAGCAACUGUAGAUGUGGAGUGGUGACAAGUCCUUCGACAGAUUUCACAAUGAACUUUAGACUUAGAGGAAUUUAGGAGAGCAGUAACGAUGGGAAACUGAAGACAGCGUAGCACUCUGGGACUGGAAUGCACACACAUAAACACACAUUAAGUGACACACACAAAAAACAUAGUAGGAGUAAGUCAUGUAGAAUACACCAAUGCAAUGUGUGUACGAGCAUGCAUCAGUCAUGCAGUAUAACUGGAGCCCAAAUGUACCCCAUCCUUUCUUGCAAUCGCACAGGCGCGUGCACACACACACACACACACACACACACACACACACUUGACUCUAUGUUUUUAUGUGUGCAUUUACAUGAGGGACACGGAUUAGUAAUGAAUCUCUUUGGAAAAAGCCAUCUCUUAAUGGAGUAUUAACUAGUGUUCAGUCAGUAUUAGUAAUUCAUGUUCUUUAGAACCUCAACAGAAAUUGUUCUCCUCAGAAAAGCAACACAUCCGAGUGACUUUUUUUUCCAUUUCUGUCGGAAAGAAAAAUAAGAAAAUCCACAGAGUUGGAGGAGAAGAGAGGAAGAUACCGAAGGAAAGAAAGAUGCUGCGAUGAAGGGACCGCCGGGUCCCAUACCCCUUUUCCCUUUACAAGGAGAGUGCUACUGGUGCAAGAUGGCUCUGUGCCUUUCUGAAACACCAGCUUCCUGAAUGGAGCUGUCGUGAAGCAAUGCAUUGUGGGACAGGAGUGUCUGAUUUUGUUAUAAUUUUUGAUUGUCUCUUGUUAAAGAUCUCUCUUUACUGUUCAUGGUAUUGUGGUGUGUAUCUCACACGUACAGUUUCUGUGGUGAUAUGUUUUAAGCUGUAAGUCUUCCUUUGUUGCUCUUCUGGUAAUAUAAUAACUCAGAACUCUAGAUGCAGAGCAAUCACUACCACCACCACAACCACCAGUGGACUCUUUCCAGUUUAUGUUUUUUUCUUAUUAGAAUGAUUUUUUUAAACUUUCUGAGAAUAAGCCAUGUGAUGCUUUGAAGCAUAAGUUUUGCCUAUUUUCUAUUUGACAGUUGCUAAAUAUGUUGAAGGGAUACAUAAUUAUUUCAUCAGCAGAACAAAUUUUCACUCGCCAUCUCAAACCCACUUGCACUGUGUGUUUAUGUCUCCUCAUACCCAACGAUUCUCACCAAAGUAAAGGAUGAGAAACUUCAGUGGGUGAAGUUAUUGAAGGAACACAGAUGAAUAAGAAAAUCAGGGAGGAAGAAUGUCAGGGGAAAGAAGCGUGACUUGGCCAAAAGGUGGUCUGGCAGUCCCUAAUCAUCCUUGUUAUGUUUGAUGCUUUUUUGCCUUAAUGUCAGAUGCAGGAUACAUACCUGCCAGUAUGUAGAUUUAUAAGAUAUAUAAUAGAUAUCCUAGCAUAUUUAUAUCACGUCUGUAUGCUUAUUUCUGUGAGUAUCAGUGUGUCUCUACACAAUGUAUCCAGCAUUGCAUUUGGAGGGGAAAGGGAAACAUUGCUGCCAAUUAGUCGUUAUGUUGUUGCUGUGCUCGGACCAACAUAAAGAAUGUGUUGUUUUUUUAAUCAGGACGGUAAAAUGACUCAUAACUACCUUGAGGUAUGCAGAGGAAAUAAGAAAUGGGAGUUAAGAUUUUUCUGCCAAUUAGAACGAAUAGGGAUGUCCUUUGUUUGGAUCUGACCAGAUAUUGACUUGUUGACACGAUGGAGUUGAUACGUGUAUGUGUUUGUUUGCGUGGCUUAUUGUGUUGUCAUGAGUACGCGAGUGAGUAACAGAAAGAAAGGGCAGAAUGCUAAAGAUAUUGUCAUAAGUGUCAUUGUUCCCUCACUGGCAUCACCACAUCCUGUUGAAUGGUAUUCAGGAUUUGAUCAGCACAGCUUAAAUAGGUCACAGUUUGUUUAGGUGUUUGUUUUUCACAGGGUAAAAAAAAAAAAAAAAAGAACAUGGGUGUGGUUCUUUUGAAGGUAAGAGCAAGUUUCUGCAGGUCAGUAACUGAACUUAUCUGAAGACACCACAGCUCGGUGCAACAGAAGCCUGUGUGUUUGACCUGCUCUGUCGCAGGAUGGAGCAGAGCUGCGGGGCCACCACACAGGCUUUCAUUUUGUGGAAUGGGAAUCCAGGAUUACUAUUGCAGUUACUUAAAUAAAAGAUUCCCAUAUGCAUUGGCCUUUUACUUUAAAGAUGUUGCUUUGUUUUUGUGGCUUCUUGUUAUGUCAUAAGCUAUAAAAACAUUAAUAUUUAAUUGCCAUACAAACACAAUACUGUAGCAAUUGUUUCUUAUUAAGAAAAUUAUUCAAUUGAUUGAUUGCUGCCAUUCUUUUUAAAUGAUGAAAAGAAAACCAUGGGAAGUGUUUUCUUUGAACAGUUUGUGUACAGUUUAUUUUUAUAUCAUUCUGGUGGAUGGUCUGGAAAAUGAAUCAUGUGUUGAUGAUAAAGCUAUAAGCAUUACCACUCUUGUAUAUAAUGUAAUAUUGGACUGUAAAUUAUAAAUUUAUCCAAGUCAUAAUGAUUGACAAAUAACCACUUAAGGUUGUUAAGUGAACCACUGAAGCAAUGCAGGCCACAUCCCCACCUUUUCAUUCUCUGAUUAUGUUUUUGCUCAGUUGUGCUAACAUUCUGUCACAUUUUUUAACCGUCCACAUUUAUUGUUAAAAUCAAAUAUAUUUGUACCAGCACUUUAUUCCAUCAGGUUUUGAGGCAAACAGUGUGUUUCAGGUGUACAGUCUGUGCUGGUGGUUUGGUCAUUGGCGGUCACCUGUUAAUUAUAUUCCAUUAGGCCAAAUCACAAACUUUCAUUGUGCAGUAAUCAUUGUAAACCCCUUUUCUAGAGGCAUAAUCAAACAAACUAGUCAUUCUCUAUUAACAGUCCAUGUGAGAUUGAACUUAUUUGAUAAAGUCUGACUGAUAAAGUCAAAUGUAAGCUGAUGUAGUCACACAGGAUGUGACAUGUUCUAAGGAAAUAAAUGUGUCCUUGUCUAACUUGGCCAUUUCUAGUACUAUCACCACCUCUGUUUCUUAGUAACUUUAAUCACUAGCCUGAUAGCCUAAAUGUCCGUCCAAUGGUGGCCUAACUAGCUGGUUCCCAUCGGGUUGCUGUCAGGUUACUUUGUCGCAGACUGACUCCCUCUGUGAAUAAUUCUCUGGGCUUUAAUUCAUGUGUUUGUCACAAGUAAGAAAGAUUAUUCAAGGGAAAAAACAUGAAAUGAUUGUAAUAUUUGUAAAUGAUCUUGCUGUAAUGUGUAAAAUGUGUCCAAGUUAUUUUUUAUUAUAUUAUUUUUAUGAAAGUUUUUCCUCUUAACAGAGCUGAGGUGUCAUUUUGUGAAUAAAUGCAUUUAAUAAGCAAACAUCUAUAUAUAAAACAAUAUUAUAGUAUAUCAGUAUAUUUUUCUUUUAUUUCACUGUUCGGUACUGUAAAGUGUGUUAAAAAUACAAAUAAAGUAAGAUUUUUAUAUUAAAUACAA